CGUCACCUAGGUCCUUCACCUAGGGCAGCAGGAGGACUCUACGUCCCCGCGGGCCGCCGUUGAUACCGGCCAAAGCAUCGAACCGCCAAGCGACGACCGUGGUCGAAGGAGUAACAGACUUCACCACGCAUCCCUCCUGCAAGGCCUCUUCAAUCGUGGCCACUCCGUCAGCGCCUCUGUACAAAUAGCCCCGAGGCCCUACAUGCAGUUAUCGUCUGCUAGUGAAGAACCAGAGCCAUGGACACAGAGGAUGGGCAGGUUUUCAUAAAGAACUUAGCGUACUUUGUGCGGACCCACGAAAAAGCACUCGCAAAUGCUCUACAACUACAGCGACAAGCGCCGAAGCAUGGCCAAGUCACCACCGUCUCCCCCGCUUCGCCUACGGGCGCGUCGACUCCCUCGUCCUCCUCGAGCGUAUGGGCCGCCGCCCUGUCCCUCCCCUCUCUCACAUUUACCUCCCAGACCAUCAAGCCGGCGAAGCUCACGUUGACGCCCCACCACCUCUUCUAUCUACUCUCGCGUUUCGAAGACCUGGGCAUAUCGGUGGGACCGAUGAAUGUGCGGUUGGAGAACAUACACAGUGACACAUCGCCUACCAACUAUGUGUCGUUCCUCAGCAAGGCACAACGGAACAAGACGAGGUCCUCGGACCGCGACUCAAUCCACUCAGUCUCUAGCAUUCGCAGCGUCAUGUCUGGCAUGUCCUCACUGUGGUCCUCUCUCCGUCUCUCGUCCAACAGUGUCGCCAAAGCCGAAAAGCAGAAAGCCCAGCUCCAGGAGGAUCUGAAGUACCUCUAUUCUGCAUUCACCAAAAUUCCUUGUCUAAGACUCGCGCCUGACCACAAGGCCCGCCUCAUUGCUGGGUACGAAGAAUUCCCCUUCGACAGUGCUGUGCCUCUGUACGCCUUCAAGAACGUCACCGCGCUUGAAAUCUACGACGCGGACUUCCGCCAGUUCUACGGCUGGCACAUCCUCGCAGAGAACCUGCGCAGCCUCACAGUCAAGAGAGCAGGCGUGGACGACCCCGCGGAUCUCCUUAUCAACAUUGUUUUGGAUGACAUGGACAAGCGACGACGGCGCUCGGCCAAACCACCUCCCUCGCCGUCGAAUCCCUGGCCCGCGGCGAGCCCCGCCACGAAGCACGCUCAACUUGCUCGAUCGGAAUCCCCACCAUCUUCGCCGACAGGCAGGCAAGGUUCUAGCCCAAGGAACUCCGCUACAAUUCGAGAAGGCUCCAAGGUCGCAGUCCAGCGGCAACGUAGUGUGUCGCCCACUAGGCCCGCGAGCUCCCGACACGGCUCCACACAUGUGUACGGAAGAAACAGCGCGCCGAAUAUCAGACGCUCCUCCGGCAGCUCCGGCUCGAGCGUGCGGUCGACCACACCAAGAGGCAGCUCUUCCAACCUGCUGAUGGUCGGCGGAUUUCCCUCCAAAAUGUGGCGAUUCCUGCGGCACCUGAGCCUGGCUGACAAUGCUCUCACUAAUAUUUCAGCUACCAGCCUCGCUCCCCUGGCCAAUACCCUACAGUCGCUCGAUCUAUCUGCGAACCUCUUCGCGGAGAUCCCUGACAGCUUGGCGAUGUUGACAUGUUUGCGCGCCCUCAACCUCUCCAACUGUAUGAUCGAGAGCUUACACUCCCUGGCACGAAACCCCUUACCUGCUAUAACAACGCUCAAUCUUCGGUCUAAUCGUCUUACAUCCAUUGCUGGUAUCGAACGCUUGCUGUCACUGGAGCGUGUAGACCUACGAGACAACAAACUGACAGAUCCGACUGAAGUGGCUCGACUUACCGGGGUGCCCUACAUCACUGAGAUUUAUGUCUAUCGUAACCCAUUCUGCAAAUCCUAUAGCAACUACAGGGUGACCAUCUUCAAUCUUUUCCGCAAAACCCCUGGCUAUACCGACGAUAUCGUGAUAGAUUCUACAGGGCCAAGCAACAGCGAGAAGAGACAGCUCGUCGAUAGGGUACCGGAGCCGCCAAGCGUCCCGGUCAUGAAGCCACCUCCUGAAGAUGAACUUCCUCCUCCCCCGACGCCGCCCAAGGUAGUGAAAGCUAUCGAUGACCCCUUCGAGCUGGUGGAGAGCUCUCAACGCACGUCUCUUCACCGUUCAAAAAGCGGGAAGAGUGGACAUGCUGGAUCGCAUAGGAAGAAGAAGGUUACGAAGCGCCGGAUCGUCGAGCUCACCCAGAGCGAAAUUGGUUCCCAGGUCACUGACUCUACUCUCGGUGCCCUCGCAUCUCCACCCGAUUAUCCCUCCCCUGCGGCAGAAGUUAGAGGUCCGUCCAAGCCUACAACUAACGUCGCUGUCGAAAACGCUCCGCAUUUCGAAGAGCCCCGCGAGGAUGUCUCGGGCGACCCCGCCAAAAAGCUUUUGACGCAGGAGCAAGCCUCUUCUCAAGCUUUACAGAUUGGGCACCAACAUCUGCCACCGCUGGACACCGCGGUGACAACCCCACCGGUACCGCAACACGUUGCGAGCCCACCGGAGUUCGAUGUCAGCAGUGAUCUAUACAAGAAGAAAAUCGAGGCGCUUCGGCAAGACUUUGGCAACACCUGGCUGAGCGCUCUCGGUGAUGACGGCUGGGACAACAGAUCCGUCACAAGCUACCCAUCAGAUCAUGGGUACAGCUCUCCCGCCAUCAGGCCAACGUUGCCCCGCACACCCAGUCAAGGAAUUGUUUCCGGCGGAAGAACGCUGGGAUGAUGCUUGAUUUUGAACCUUUUUUCGCGAUACCCCGAACUAUUACUUUCUUCCCAGUCUUGAGGUUGACUGACCCGUUAGGGUAU